UUGCAGAUUUCAUUUUCACAAAUGGCAGACACUUUUUUCGGUUUCGAUACCACGCUCGGAGAGAACAAUCUAGAAGAUGGUGUGGAUUGUCCAUUGGAAGAAGAUGAACUUGAAGAAGAAGAGUAUGAUGCACUGAAUGAUGAAACAUUCGGUCCUGAUGCUACUAUUAGUGAUUGGGAAGAAGAUCAUGAGAAACUUGCCGAAAUUACUGAAUCAAAUCGCCUUCAUAAUCAGAAUGCAACAAAUAAAAAGGCUAUUUCUAACAUAAUCGAAGAUAAUUUAUCACAUUUGGUAUUGGAUAAAGAAGGAAUAGUUCCCCGACCUGGGGUUUGGGGUAGUCCUUUGAAUUUAUCUUUUCCAAAAGCUCAACCUCGAUUAUCUUUACCAAAUGCUUGUACAGUGGAAGAAUUGGAAAGAGGGCUUAUUGCAAAUAGGCCACCACCAGGUCUCAGUAAACCACAAACGCAACAACAACAGAAAAAAUCUGAAGGUUCACUUCUUUUUGAGGCUCUCUCUUUAAAUGAGAAGCUUCAGGUUAAUGGCCUACCUCCACGUUUUCCUCCAGGAUUGAAUCUACCUGGACCACAUCCUAUAGUUUUGCCCAGUAUAAGAGCACCACAUCCUCAAUUGAUGCAACAUCCUAGAAUAUUAGGCUUAAUUAAUCAAGCUGGUACUGUGUUACGUUAUCCUUCACCACCGCAUUUAAUGUCACAUUUAAUGCCACAACCAAUUCCAAGGCAAGCUCUUCAUGGCUCUUAUGGUUUUCCUCCUCAACUACAUCCUAAUUUAGGAGGCCCACAGUUCCUUCGACCAGAUCACGUGAUGCCUGCAUUUCCUAACAACCAAAUCAAUCAUCAGCAACAUUCUUAUUCACAUUUAGGAAAUCAGAGAAAUCAGAACAGAUCUUACUAUCAUAAUGAACAACAAAUUGGACAUCAACCAUUUUUUAAAAAUAAUCAAUAUCCUCAUCGUAAUCCUCAUGACAGAAAUAAUCAAAGACCUUAUCAUCAUCAAAAUUAUUCUCACAACAUUAACGGUAAUGCUUCGGAAGAAUACGAACACUCAGGAAAACUUGCUAUAAAAGCUCAUGAGAAGCAAUGGUUAAUUAAUAUUCAAUUAUUACAACUUAAUACAAUUCAACCGUAUAUUGAUGAUCACUAUUAUGUCGUAUUCUGUGAUAAACGGAAUAAACAACAUGCAAAUCAAGAACAAAAAGAUAAGAAGCACCAUAAUAACAAUGGGUAUCAUAGGGAUCAUAGAGAUUGGGAACCAACACCUCAAGCUGCUUCAAGAUCAGCAUAUACGCCAGCUCAAUUUGAGAAUUCAUUAGGCAAACUUCAUUGCAGCAGUGUGACAGCACCACGUAAACUUAUCGAUAUGGAUGUCGUAUCAAAUAGCGAUUCUCAAUCUACUCCUCAGUCUCAACAAAAGGACACUAAAAGAACACGACAAUUACUUCUUGAAAUUGAGAGACUAUUUACACUUCAAUUCAAACUUGAAGAUUUGAGCAAUCCACUUGCUUUAAUUCCGGAAACUCAACAGCAACAAGAAGGAGAAUCUGACUCAAAUACAGCUAAAACUGAACCGGAAUUAAUAAACAUGAUUUUAACAUGUAUGCAACAAUUAAUACAAGAUGAUAAAUUAGCUAGUAUGCUAAGUAUUCGAAAAGGAAAGGCGUUGCUACUGCGUUUUUUACCUCACUUGAAUGCGACAGAAUAUAGUAAGCAGUUGAGAGAAUUGUGGACUGCGAUAUUUAAAGGAUUAGCCGUGAUAGGCCGUAGAGAUUGUCAUAUAUUAACAGAUUUUUAUUCAGAAUUUCGAAGAUGGCUUGAUACUGUGAAAGAUUUUGAUACUAUAUUGCGAUUAGCAAGAGCAUUAUCUGACUCUGCUACUAAUCAUCCUGUUAAAAAUAAUAGCUUAACUUUUGCUCUUUUGAAUAAGUUUGGUGUAUCUGCAAUAGCAGCGAUGUUCGAGCAAGUUGAACAAUUGUGUGACACAGAUGAUUCCCUGCCUUCUGAAUGGUCAAGUUUUGUAAUGACGAUAGUUGAAUUGAUUGGUGACUCACCGCCCUGUGUUGCACCUUGUCAACCAAUUACUGCAAAUACACUCAAUAAACAUCUGAAUCGGAUUUCCAGUUUAAAACUAGAAAGGUAUACAGCGCUAGCGUGCUUGUUGACUGAUGCCAAUCCUUUACGAUAGUCUAACGUUAACAA